CUCAGACACCCCAGCGGAUACUACAAGCAGUAGAACAAACGAUGUCUUCGACCACCUUCGAGGAACGUAAGAGUGUCACUCUGGCGGCCUGCUUCAACGACAAGCGUUGCCAUCGGCGCCUGAUCGGCCAUCGAGCUCGCACGUUUGAUUUUCAGUUCCACCCAACAGAAGACGCCGCUAUAUCAGCGAGCGAGGACGGGACGGCCCGCGUGUGGGACCUCAGCAGCGGAAGGUGCGCCAAGUCCCUUGAGGGGCACAACAAAAAACACGAGGUGUUGCGGGCGUGCUGGGCGCCGCCGGGGGCGGCGAACGACUCGGUCUCCGUUGCUACCGGCUCGGCCGACGGCAUCGUCCGCCUGUGGGGCAUACGGCAUGGCGACGGCAGGGACGGAAAGAGCGGGUUAGACCGAUACCAAUCCCUCACGGUCGUGGGGCAGCUGCGGCAUCGCAACGAGGCGAAAGGGCUCGACGGCCAGGUCUACUCUUGCCACUUCAUUCCCGCCCCCAGCGACGGCGCACCGCCAUCAUCGGCAGCGGCGAUGUGUCUGCUCACAGCUAGCGACAGCAGCGUUCACCUGUGGGACGUCGAGACGCGGAAGCGUGUAUCGUCCCGAGCCCUGUCGAAAGUCGGGGCACAUUCCAUCGGCGGGGAGCGGAACCCGGACGACCUCGCGUUCGUGUUCGAUGCCAAGCCUCGCCCGGGGUCGGGGAGCUCCGUUCUCGCCGUCGCCCUAAGCGACGGCACGGUGAGGGUCGGGGAUGUCCUCCAAGAGGGCGAAAAGGCCGCGGUGCUGCGAGGAGUCACCGACACCCAUCUCACGAGUUUGGCGUGGUCGGACGAUGGGACGGUCUUGGCUUCGUGCGGGGGAAACGGAACGAUUACGGUGUGGGACACGAGAACCUGGACGGUAAGGUCGGUCUUGUGGGGCCACUCGAGACCGGUGUACGGGGCGGCCUUCUACCCCUGUGCUGGCAACGGCGGGGGAGGAGCGGCGGCGGCGGCGGCGGCGGCGGCGGCAACAUCGGGACAAGACUGCCCGCCACAGCUCUUGCUGUCGUGGUCUAGCGACGAGACCGUGUGCGCUUGGGACACAGGAAGAGCCACCGGUGACGCGACAGCCCCGCUCGCAACCCUUUCAGUCGAUAAAGGGUUUCCCGUAUACAGUUGCUCGGUCUCGGCCGAUGGCCGGAGGUUUGCCUUGGCGGGAGGAGGCGGAGAUGAGAAGAGCGCCGGCUUCCUCGGCGUUCCCAUCAAGCUCGUGGAUCUGAGCGACGAAGCGAGAGCGAAAGACGGGAAAGACAGUUGUGCCGACAAUGGGAGCAAUAAACCAGCACAGGGAUGACUGUUACUGCUGUGCAUGUGAUAUGCUGCGGUCGUUCGAUCUUAGCCUAUGUUAGUGUAUUUACUAUCGGGGGGAUUUUCUCAUGGUCUGAGUGUGCCGUGACUCGGGCGAAGUAUUAGAACCUAAGUGGGGAAUGUAUCUGGUAGAGAUAACAAUAGCGAGCGGGAAUACAUCGGUGGUACUCAUCGGCAGUCUUUUUGGUGCUGUGCUUCAAGAGGGCGUCUCCGCUCGUCUCCUCUGUUUUAUCCAUCAAAAGCAAAGUAGUACUUUUCAUGCCUACCAGCUAACCUGAGGAAUUAAAACAACAUUUUUUUCGUCGAAGAAUUGACGAGGACAAGCCUUCCUUACCGAGCGUGGCUUUCGCGCAUGACCCGCACGCCACAACCUGAAGCGCAAGGCGUGCAUGGGUAAACGUACGCCUCAAAAUGGCGUCGUAGUUCAGAGCGUAAUGGCAAACAGUAGGCUCAUCGCGGUCGAGAUUGCAUAAGAGCAGUUCUGAUGCUGAAAAAUGAAAAGCCGCUCCCGAUCGUUGUUGUUGUUGUUGUUGUUGUUGUUGUUGUUGUUGUUGUUGUCUUCACAUUAAAAACCGUUCCGUUCUCUCUGCCCACUUGCUCUGUCCGUACUAGUCUAACAAUUGACGGGGUCGAUUCCCGUGGUCACAGGUUAGCUUACCCAAAAAAAGAGGUACACGAACAUGAAAUGGACCCGAAGGGUCUGCAAGCCACUUGAAGCCAACGACAGAUAGUCUAGGCCACACCGCUCGCCUCUACACGCUAUGCGAGGCAACCCUAGAUUGGAAAAAGAAUUAAAGAAAGAGAAAGAAAAAGACAAAAGAAAAAGAAGAGAGCAGAUGGAGAAUCGGGAAAGAGAAGGAGUAAGACACGAGACGGAGAAAGACACACGCCGUAGCGACAAACAACAAACAAACAUGACAGAACAAAACAACACAAAACACAACACAGCACAAAGCGGGCCACCCGAGCCAGCAAAUGGAGGUCAUCGCUCGCGGGGGGUUGGUGCAAUGGUGCAGUGCCGGGGGGGGGGG